UUCACGUCUUUGACUUGCACUGCAUCACUCGCAGCACAUGGAAGCAUGGUUCAUCACCCUUGUCUCUUUCUGCGUCUGCUUUCUCAUCCGAGCCAUCUUUUCGCUUCACUCAUCACCAACCAAAGCCAGUGGCAAAGCAAUUAUCACCACCCCACCCGGUCCCUCACACAUCUCAAUCAUAACGCGCCUCCUAUGGCUCAGAAAAUCCUUCACAGAACUCGAACCAACUCUUCGAACGUUCCACGCCAAGUACGGCCCCAUCAUCACUCUCCGCAUCGGCGCUAGCCCCGCCAUCUUCAUCGCCGACGGCGCCCUCGCCCACCGCGCCCUCGUCCACAACGGCUCCCUCUUCUCCGACCGCCCCGAGGCCCCCGCCACCGCCGCAAUCCUCAGCAGCAACCGCCGCAACAUCAGCUCCGCCUCCUACGGCGCCACGUGGCGCACCCUCCGCCGCAACCUCGCCUCCGAGAUGCUCCACCACUCCCGCGUUAGGUCCUUCUCCGGAAUCCGCAAGUGCGUGCUGAACAGCCUCCUCACGCGCCUGAAAUCCGCUUCUGAGUCCAUCCACUCCGUUAGAGUCAUCGACCACUUGCGACACGCCAUGUUCUGCCUUCUCGUCUUCAUGUGCUUCGGGGAGAGACUCGACGAGGGGAAAGUCAGAGACAUCGCGCGCGUGGAGAGACAAUUGCUUCUGCGCCUCGGGAGCUUCAAUAUUCUCAACUUCUGGCCCAGCGUCACGCGCGUUUUGUACCGCAAAAAAUGGUUGGAGAUGCUGAGGUUAAGGAAGGAGCAAGAGGACGUGUUGCUUCCGCUUAUAAGAGCCAGAAAGCAAAAGCAAAAACAAGCCAAGGAAAGUGGAUUAAACGACGACCACGAUGACGUCGUUUCGUACGUUGACACUUUACUGGAUUUGCAGUUGCCGGAGGAGAAGCGCGAGCUGAACGAAGGGGAACUAGUGACGCUGUGUAACGAGUUUCUAAACGCGGGUACGGACACCACUUCCACCGCGUUGCAGUGGAUCAUGGCGAAUUUGGUCAAGUACCCGCACGUGCAAGAGAGGGUGGUGGAGGAGAUUAAACAAGUGGUGGGUGAAAAGAAGGAGAGGGAAGUGAAAGAAGAAGAGUUGCAUAAACUGGGUUAUCUCAAAGCUGUGGUUUUGGAAGGGUUGCGGCGCCACCCACCGGGGCACUUUGUGUUGCCGCAUGCGGUCACUGAAGACGUUGUUUUGAAGGACUACUUGGUGCCGAAAAAUGGGACGGUGAAUUUCAUGGUGGCGGAGAUGGGGUUGGACCCUAAGGUUUGGGAGGAUCCCUUGGCGUUUAAGCCUGAGAGGUUUUUGAAUGAUGAGGGGUUUGAUAUUACUGGUACUAAAGAGAUCAAGAUGAUGCCCUUUGGAGCAGGGAGGAGGAUUUGUCCUGGUUAUAAUUUGGCGUUGCUUCAUUUGGAGUAUUUUGUGGCUAAUUUGGUUUUGAAUUUUGAGUGGAAGGUUCCUCAGGGAGGGGAUGUUGAUUUGUCGGAGAAAAAGGAGUUCACUGUGGUCAUGAAAAAUGCUUUGCAGGUUCAUGUUUCUCCUAGGAUAUAGUCUAUGUUUUGUGUACAUCUCAUUGUCUAUACUUAAUUUGCUAUCAAUAUUAACAGCUUGCAGAAAAAUUUCAUGAUAGAAGGAUACUCUGGUGGUUAUCCAAGCAUGAUUUAUUGAAACAUUCUUGACGUGGUACUAGUAGAUAGUCCUUUACCUACUAUAAGAAUAAUAAUUAAAUUAAUUAUUUAUCAUUAGUUUCAAUUGGCUAGACAACUCUAGUCUAUCCAUUUCAUUUGGUACA